AUGGUUUCCUCCCAGCCCAUCCUUCCUCCAAUUAACUCCCCUCCCCCCAUCCACAUCCCCGCUUUCCGCUCCUCUCUACCUCCCCCGGACUUUCCCAAGGAUCCUUCCCGUCCUCCCCGUUCAGGCGAGUCUCUCUUUUCAUUCCACUCCCAGACAUGCGCACUUACAAUCCGUUUUCUACCAGCACACUCCAAUGUCCUCGCACGUCUCCAGGCCCUCUUCCCCUCCUCUCCUCAUCCACCAACAACUGCGUCCCCUCAUCCCUCCGACUCCACGCCCGUCCCUCCUCAUCCCCCUUUACCCCUCCCAAAGUUCAUCAAAGUCCGUAUCCUAACAUGGAACAUGCACGACUCCAUCCCCAAGGGUGAUUGUGAAGAGCUCCUUGGCUCUCUCCCGCCGUUCAACCCAUCCUCUCCCAAUCCCGAUGCUCCCCCCACCCUUCCCGCCUUUCCUGCUUCUCCUGAACAUCCCUACCAUAUCGUCGUCGUUGCCGGCCAGGAAUGUCCCUCCGCCUCCGGGAUUCCCAUGGCUCUCGGCGCUGGCUUCAAGCUCAAUGGCAAGGACAACUCUCGCUCCAGGCAUUCCCUCCUCCCUGAACCCGACGAUCCCGCCCUCCGCAAGAGCGCAGAGGCCGACCUCCUUUCCCCCUCCGUAGACAAGACCCACGAGCAUCAUCACCCCCCUUCUAGUUGGUCCUCUAUCCUCGAGAACUGGUACUGUCAUCCCACCGUCUUAGGUCCCUUGGCAUCCAGCGCUUCCGAUCCAAACCUACGCACUCAAACCGAGUCCCAACGAACAGGCCCAUAUGAGCUCCUCAUCAAGGAACGCAUGAUGGGCCUCUACUUGGCUGUUUUCAUACACCGUGAGGCACGGCCCUUUGUUCGAGGCACAUCCAAGUCGGCCGUCACCGCCGGACUCAUCGGAGGUCGAGUGGGGAACAAGGGCGGCGUUGGCGUCAGCGUGAAUCUAGAUGGCACUACCUUCCUCUUCAUCAACGCACAUCUAGCUGGCACGUCUUCUCUCAUUGUUCCAAACCGCUACUUGGCCAAGAUCAAGGCUGAGCUCGCAGUGGAAGACUACCUCUCGCCGAGCGACCCGCGUUUCUUGGCCGAAGAUAUCACCGACAGAUUCGACGUGUCCUUCUUAUUCGGCGACCUCAACUUCAGGCUCGACAUCACUCGUUUACAUGCCGACUGGCUCAUCUCGCGCAAAGAGUACGAACAGGCCCUUGAGUUCGACCAGCUCCGCGAGGUAAUGGCAAAUAGUGACUCCUUCAGAGGCUUCAACGAAGCCCCCAUCCGUUUCCCGCCUACGUUCAAGUACGACGUCUUGCGUACUCUGGGCAAGCGCUCUCGGCACAAGUCCUUCAGGCGCCCACCAAUAACACUCAUAGCAGCGUCCCCGGACGACAACAUGCUGUCAGAGGUCGCCGAGCACGAGCACGAGCACACAGCCGCCCUUGAAGACCGAGCAGAUCGCGUCUCUCAGCAGCACGACGAGGACUGCGAGGAUGACGCUGACCCAGACGCAGUCUCGUUGGCAUCGUCGGCGUGGACGUCUGCGCGCUCGCGACGAACGGCCGACCCGGAGCCGGAGGAUGAUAAUGAGAACGAGGACGAGCGCGAACCGUCCUCUGCCGGCUAUGCUUCUCAGUCUCCUCCAGCGAGCGCGAGCGCGUCGAACCUGGUCCACAAGGUGUGGACCACGACAGCCGCGCACAAGGCCAAGGAGAAGUGGGUCGCCCUCUUCUCGCCCAGCAGCCCGAACCCGUACUCGCCUGCGGGCAAGCGGUCGAGGUGGAGGCAGAGCUGGCAUUCGGGCAAGUCGCAGGCUCCUCUUAGGCGAGGGAGCCACCCAAACGGUGCUGUGGUGGCCGAGGACGUCUCGAUGCCCCAGACACCGGUGGACCCUGCGGACCCGAGGCGGUCUAAAUCGAAGAGGGCGAAGGAGUUCCAAGCGGCGCUUUCGGAUGCUGCACACGCGCGCCCUCACAAACAUCUCGCCCUCAGCGAGAACAACGUUGACUUGGAGGACGAGGAUAAGGGGGUUUACGAUUCGUCGCAUAAGCAGCGAGUACCCAGUUGGUGCGAUCGUAUCCUCUGGAAGUCGACAAUCGCGCCGGAGCCCCAGCAAGACGUGGACGAUACCGAUCCGACAAGGUUCAUGCCGCUGCGCGCGAAGAUGGGCCAGAUAUUCAACGCGUUCCGGCCGUCGUCUUUGCGCUCUCGGCGGGACUCCACGUGGUCGAUGAAUCACCCGGACAUCCCGCUGCAAACGACGCCGACUUCACGCAGCGGGCAGACGGCAGACGUCUUGGUCCAGACACCUCCUUUCGAUAAGCGCGUCUCUGCUGCGCCUCAACUCCCGUCCCCGACGUCGUCGAAAGCGCGCCCGCUGCGUCCCUUGACGCAGACACGGUCUGUGGAUAACCUCCGACGAGCCUCGGACGAGCGGCGCGCUUCGCUGACGCGCGUAAUGUCGCUCGAGCCGUCUGCCACGCGACCUCCGACCUCACCACUGCCGUCAGGCGGCGGAGUGCCGAUGCGUCAUGCGAAUACCAUCUCCACCGUUGUGCACGCCAUGCCCAACGGCGAUACCUCCACCGUUCUCGAUUCACCAACGGAAAGUCCGUCAAACGCCCUCGAUAUUGCGGGACCGGCGAGUACGACGCCUUCAAAUCCGACACCCAUGUUCCGGUGGCUCCUCCCCUUUCUUUAUCGCGACGGCGCCCAUCAGGGCGCGCCUCCACCCAGUCCACCUGCCACCGGAGUUUUCCCGCCUGCACCUCCGCUGCCGAGACGAGGUGACGUCGUAUGUCUCAAGUAUGAUACUUUGGACGACAAGGGCAUGCGGAGACUGGAAGGUAGGAGCGACCAUAGACCCGUGAUUGGGUCGUAUGCUCUGUACAUCUAG